AUGCCACCGCGACAGAUAUUGCACUGGGGGAUUUCAGGGCGUUCGGCACCACGGCUACAACAGCCAGGGCCAACGGGAGGCGAAUGUGACCGCGUCCACCUAGCUCGCUUUGCGCCGCCUGCUGCUCCGGCGUCGAUAUCGACAUCCCAUCACGGCGGAAACGCAGCGGCAACUGGGGAAUUUGGCAAAAUCACGAGGCCGGGGAUCCCGUCGGGACGUGGGCUACGGCGUGUGCUUGGCGAUUUGGAAACGUGCGCCGCAGACCUCUUGCCCUUCUCUUCGAAUUCGAGUCCGGAGCAGCUCGUGGCGAUAGCCGGGUCAAAGCUGCGGUCGUGCAGAGAAGCGAUCUUCUCGCUUCUGCGAUGGUUGGAUACCCAGCAGAAAGAAGUGAAUGCCCCGCCCGAGAAUCCCUAUGCAUCAAAAUAUGUUCUGCCGGGUAGCGCUCGAGAUGCAGAAAUGCAUAGUAGGGAGGCAGACAUUGAGAAACGGGCUGCGGCCGUGGAUGCACAGGGCCAAAGUUGCGAGGUGACUGUUUGCCGCCCCUUCGAUGUCCCGCAUGCAUGUUCCAAUUCCAGGCAGAUGACCACGGAGGAUAAGAAGAUGUGCAGCAUGUGCAAUCCCCGAAGCGAAGAACUCAUCGGCAAGCAUUGUGCGAAGCAACGGCAGCGUCAGCAGAAUGUCCUCUUCCUUCUUCUCGGUAUGCUCGCUACAAUACCAGCUAUUGCAAUAAUCCUUGUCUUCCUCCGGAAAGCAAAAGGGAGGAGUCGGCGUGGCCUGCGAACAGGUCCCGCAUACAGCAGCGAACAAGGGGGUGUGCUCCCUGGUGUCAUGUCAACAAUCCAAAAAUCCAGGGGUUUAGACCGGAUGUCAGACGUGGAGAAGGACCCUGCGGCAAGCUGGAAUGGCAAGAUAUGUUCGGCGCCAUCCCUGGGCAUCUCGGAGCAGGACCUAUCCUCAACCCAUGAAUAUCCAACGCAUAAUCAAGGAAGACCACAGUUCCCCCAUCCCCCUGCAGCGAUUCGUUGA